AUGGUUGGAGUUGCCAUCAAGAACAGGGUUCCGGUGAUGGAGACGGACGGUGACGCAAAAGGCAGCGGUUUCGCGAUGCAGCUACGAACAGCUGGCAGUGGCAUCGGCGUUGCGUCGAGGUUGGAUGGCAGCAGUGGAGCUGGCUUUUACACGAAGAAGAUGAUGAAUGAAGCUAAGCUAAAUGGGCCAGUCACUCUUCCAAUCACUCAAUCAAUAAUUAUUGAUAUUCCUAUCCUUAAUGAUGAUAAUCACAAAGAGUGGAAAGACGCUAUUCUAUUGAAUUUAGGAAUAUUAGGGUUUGAUUAUGCUCUUCGCAUUGAGAAGCUUGCUGAGCUUACUGCGAAAAACACUGAGGAACAAAAAACGCUAUACGAGCGAUGGGCAACAACCAAUCGCUUAGGCGUAUUCCUCAUUAAGUCUAAAAUUGCCAGAGAGAUUCGUGGUCCCGUCGAUGAUAUUGAGGACAUUGAGCCAUUACUCAAGGCCAUCGAUGAUCAAUUUGCUGACGCGAACAAAUCUCUGGCAAGUACCCUGAUAAUGCAGUUUAUCAAUACGCGUCUUUCCACUAUCAAGGGAACGCGAAAACACAUCUUACAGCUCAGGGACAUUGCGGCUCAAUUGAAGAAGUUGAAAAUUAUUCUUCCAGAUGCCUUUGUGGUGCACUUCGCACUAAAUACCCUAUCUCAGGAAUAUAGCGCGUUUAAAAUUUCCUAUAAUACACAUAAGGAUGAAUGA